GCAACGACCGCGGCGUCUCUAUCGACGUCCGCGAGAUCGCGACCGACAACCGGUCUGGCCGCCGCCUGUGGCACGGCCGCCGGCCCGGCCAGCGGCGGUGGCGACGGAAAACAGCUUUGUCUGGACCGUCGUCGACGAACUAACGCGCUUGAUUUACUGUAGCUACAAUUGUAUAUGAUUAAACGUGUCGCCGUUCAAUAAAAUCGUGUCGUACCAGUAACUGUUGUCAGUGUUAUCCUUUCAAAACCGUUCCUACACCUACAUUGGCGCAGUCGAGUAAGGAGUAAGAUGGCAGAACGCGCCAAUAACCCCCCACCGAACCGCAACAACCGGCCAUCCCGCGGCAUGAUUGCCGCGCAUGUGGAAAAGCUCCGGGCAAUGGCCGCGCAGUUGUUGCGGGAAGCCAGGAGGCUGUCGGGCGAUGGUCCGGAGGACACGGUGAGCGGUUGGUCGGCCGAACGCGCGGCUACCGCGUCGUUCGGCCGGAUACGAGCAAGCCCGACUGCAUGGGCCUUGUUCGAGCGGGGUUUCGCCGAGGGACGCCGGUCCACUCGAGCGAACACCCCACAGCCCGAAGCCGCCAGGCCUAGGGCAGGACCGCCCGGACGAGUGCCACCUCGCCGAACAGCGCCGGCGUACCAGCGCCACGACGUCCGGGAUGGGCGUGGCCGGUUCAGGCGGCCAGCGGUUCAGCCACAAGCCGACCGGACCGACGAGCGGCCCAUGGUACAGCCGCAAGCCCAGCAGCCCGUGGUGCCCCCGCCAACAGAGCCGCCAGCAGAGCAGCAGCUGGCCCAGCAGCCAGACACCCCGGAACAGCAGCUGGCCGCGGUGGAGCGGUGGAUCCAGGCCAUGGAGGUGACGCCCGGGGACCCAGUCAUCCUCCCCGUGGACUAGGUUGCUCGGUCGCGUCUCGCGGACUCGGGGGGGAGUAUGUCGCGGUCGUUAUCGCAACGACCGCGGCGUCUCUAUCGACGUCCGCGAGAUCGCGACCGACAACCGGUCUGGCCGCCGCCUGUGGCACGGCCGCCGGCCCGGCCAGCGGCGGUGGCGACGGAAAACAGCUUUGUCUGGACCGUCGUCGACGAACUAACGCGCUUGAUUUACUGUAGCUACAAUUGUAUAUGAUUAAACGUGUCGCCGUUCAAUAAAAUC